AUGCUGACAACCAAGGUCCGCAUCGAGGCAUCCAAGCGUGCUCCGGUGGCCAGGAUUUAUGAAGACAGGGCUGAGCCGGCAUCGCCAACAUCCGAUUUGCGUCUGGACGCUUUGAAGAAAGGAAACUGGCAGGACCAAUGCGAUAAGGCACGGAUUGACCGGCGUGGUGAAGACAAGUUCCUGGCGAACAAGUGGGGGAAUGGGGAGGGACGUGCAAAUUCGAUACUGCGAGUUGGCAUAAGAUGUAGGGUCGACAUUGACCACUGCGCCGCUCAUGCGCUGAGUACAAAAGUUUCUGCCCUGCGGCAGCUCCCCGUUUUUCAGCAAUGCAGAGACUCCAUUGUUCACAAAGUUGCUCAGCAACUACAGACGAGAUUUCUUGAGCCGGGUGAGAUAGUUUGUCGAAGUGGCGAGGAAUUAGACCACGUAUUCCUUCUGGCCUUUGGAUCCGUCCAAGUGUGGUCUGACGGGCAAGAAUCUGCCGAUCUUUGCGACGCAGGAAUCAUUGGCGAUCCUCGGGUUUUGCUUCGGUCAUGUGUGGAGAAUCAGUACAACGUGGUGGCAAAGACCUUCUGCCAGAUGCACAAGCUCACAUCUUCCCAGUUCAGACAAGUUGCUGGCAUCAAGGAUGAUGUCCAAGAUCUCUCCAAAUGUCUGGAACAGUUGAAGAUCCCCUGGCCCACGACGAGGAAACCCUCCUUCCUACGUGCUGCAAAAGCACAGUUACGAGUCGUGCAGUUUGUCAACGCGAUCAGCGCAGGCCGGAAGAAGACUCCAGCUGUUGUUCCUCCACCGCGACCUCCGGAGCCAAAGCCGCAAGAGAAGAAGGACAGCGCCGCGAAGCGAAGGCAAACAGCGAAACUGCAAACGGCGAAGCUGCACGGAAAGCUGAAGGCCAACAAGGCCGUCGCCGCUGAUAGUCGCGAGUCCUUGGGCCCCCCCCUUCGGUCCUUGAGCGAUGCAGGACAAGCUUGA